AUGGUAUGGUUGCCUUCACCAACGGGAUGCUUCACGGUUAAGUCGGCAUGGGAGGUGCUUCGGCAAAGGAAGCAUCGGUCUCUUGUUGACUCCCUACUUUGGCCUUCGGUUUUGCCGGCAAAAAUGUCUUUCUUGGCUUGGAGAUUGGUGCGUAAUUUCCUCCCUCUGGAUAUGACGUUGCGUUGUCGGGGUUUGGCUUUGCCCUCUCGGUGCGGGUGUUGCUACCAGGCGGAGGAGGCUCUUUUGCAUGUUUUCUUGACUGGCCCGGUUGCAUCGGAAGUGUGGCGGAGAGUGUCUGGCCGUUUUGGUUUUCAUUUGCGUAAUUGCUCGAGUAUGGCGUCGGUAUUUGUCUCUUGGCACUUUACUUCAGUUUCCUCUGCGAAGGAUCACAUUCGGCUUGGAAGGGCAGGUAAGUUUCGUCGGGCGCACUUUACAGGGGAUGCGGAUUGCGAGUUGCUAAGAUCCAUUAAGGUCUCUCCGCGGAGGGGAAUCCCUUGUGCGGUUGCCUGGGAGAAACCUCCGCUGGGGCUGCUUAAGCUCAACUCGGACGCCAGCGUGAAUUGUGGUAGGGCCUCGGGUGGUGGUCUGUUACGCGAUAGUCAUGGAAAAUUGAUUUUUGCUUUUUACAAAGAAUUUGGAGAUCAGGCUGUGUUGGAGGCAGAAAGUAUGGCUUUGCUGUGUGGUUUGCAGUUGUGUCAUCAACGGGGGCUUUGUCCGUCAUUAGUCGAGGUGGAUUCCAAAACGUUGGUGCAGCUGGUUGGCUCGGGGGUAAUAGCUAAGUGGCCAUUAUGUAAUACAUUGAGGAAAGUUAGAGAUUUAUUGCAAGGUUUUUCGGCUUCAUUCUCACAUAUUUUCCGCGAGGCCAAUUCUUCUGCGGAUAGGCUAGCAGCUAUAGGGGCUGGAGGCACCCGGGUGUAUGAUCAGUUUCAGCAACUACCGGCAUUAGUUCGGGCUUCGAUUAUUCUUGACGUGCGUGGAGUGCCGGGGGUUCGUUGGGUAAUUGAUGAGGUUUAG